AUGUUGUCUCGCGUUGGUGCUCGGCUUUCUACCCGAUCUUUUUCGAAAUACAUCGCGGACAACUAUGGAAAGAACGUUCAUCGUCUCGCAAACCGACCUACUGUUGAAGUUUCCGUUUUUGAAAUCUUUGCCGCUACUGUGGGUACUCUUUUGAUUCUUGGCGAUAUCGUCCGAGACCAGACUAUCCACAGAGAACUUUUCGACGCCAACGGUCAGCCCGAAGAAGUCUGGAAUCAGCGAAUCUGGCUCCGACCACGAGGCUUCCACCAGGAAGGUAACCUCAUGGGCCGAGCACAGAUCUGGUAA